AUGUCGCUGCUGAAGGGAAAGGAGGUGGAAGUCACACAAGACGACCAGCGCCGCAUCUGCAUUUUUGCUCGCAUGCACCGUCGACGGAAGGAGCUUACUGCCACCAUUACGAGGUUGAAGGAGCAGGCGGCUAAGUUGAGUGAUGCCUCUGAUGAACUUAUGAUAGCCGAUGGGGCAAUGUAUUUGUUCGGUGAGACCUUCGUGGCCAUCGAUAACGAUGAGGCGGGUGAAUGGCUGGCGAAGGAACAGGCGCAACUUCAGCGGGAUCAGGAAACAACAGAGGAAGAAUUAAAGCUUGUUGAGAGUCAAUUGAGCGACCUGAAAGCGAAACUGUACGCCUCACUUGGUAGUCAAGUGUAUCUUGAAGACGAAUAG